CUCUUCUCUCUCUCUCUAUCUUCAUCCACUGGUCCGACAAUCCCGCACCGCAGAACGCAACCAACACAAAAUGUAGAAUCAAAGAAAAAAGAGUAUCGGGCAGCAUAUUCUUGAUUCUAUUCGUCCCUUCUAGGUCAAACAAUUGGAAAACAAAAAAAAUAAAAAAAAAAAAUCAAAUCUUUGCAAGUCUUGCAAAGAUUCCAAGCAAAUCCAGGGUUGUUUAAUUGAUGACACUUGGCGGCCAGUCAUGACAGUUGACACAACGGCCCCAAGUUAUUGGUUAAACUGGAGGUUUUUACUCUCUGCAAUAUGGCUCAUAGUAGCGAUGGUGCUCUCUUCAUUUAUAAUAUGGAAAUUCGAAUUUCAUAGCAAAUCCAAGAAUCAACAACCGGGUCCAAAUAAACGGGACCCGGUUCGCUUGUACAAGGGCGAAGCUUGGGGUACAUGUUCGAAAUCGAUACAUCCAAUUUGUCUGCUUGCAUUUCGGAUUCUUGCUUUCUGCGCCAUGCUGGCAUUGAUUCUUGCUGAUUCUAUCAUCAAUAGUUUCGGCAUAUUCUAUUUCUACACGCAGUGGACGUUUACUUUGGUGACCGUCUAUUUUGCGCUAGGGUGUUCGCACUCGAUUUACGGAUGUCUGUAUAAUCGCAACAAAGCAGAUUUCGAGCAAGGAUCCAAUGUGGCACCCUCACUUGGUGAGGAUGCAGAAAUGCACACCACUAAUAACAGAAUCUUGAAUCGAUUCGAUGACCCUAAUUGCAAAACAGCAUCUCUUUGGGAAUAUUCCUUGCAAAUUAUUUUUCAGAUGUGUUGUGGAGCUGUUGCACUCACCGAUUCUGUCUUUUGGCUCGUAUUAUACCCGUUUUAUACUGGCAAAGAUUUCAGAUUACACUUUCUGAUUAUUUGCAUGCAUUCUGUUAAUGCCGUUUUCCUCCUCGGUGAUGUUAUACUGAAUUCUCUGCAAUUUCCCUUCUUUCGAAUUGCAUAUUUUGUUAUGUGGACAUGUAUAUUCGUCGUUUUCCAGUGGAUCUUCCAUGCUUAAGAUACGAA